UUUCAUGCCUCCCACCUAAGUCAAAAUAGAUCUCCACCUCAUUGGACAACGCCAUGAGACUCUGACUCCGAAUAAAAACUUCACCUUGAAGCCCCCUCCUCCAUUUUCUCCACCGAGCCCGAAGCACGAGGGAGCUACCAUCAUCUCCUUAGCCUCUCUCCCUCGCUCUCCCUCUCUCCACCCGUCCUCAUUCUCUUCUCCAUGGAUGACUUGAGGUCGAGAUCCUACGCCGACAGCCGGGUGCAGAUUGAGCCGUAUGGCAAGAGGGGGCCGUCCUACGACCUGAGGAGCUACAGCACGUCGGACGCCUCUUCCUACUCCCAGAAGGAGGCCAAGUUGACCAAGGGUAAGAGCUUUUCUGCUCUCAAGAGCAGUUGGUUGAACGAUCCUGAGGUCCAGAGGAAGAAGAGAGUUGCGGGUUACAAGGUCUAUUCGGUCGAGGGAAAGGUCAAGGGUUCGUUCAGGAAGAGCUUUAGGUGGAUCAAGAAUCGAUAUGCGGAUGUCGUUUAUGGAUGGUGGUGAUCGAUGACCUAUCUCUAAUGUAUCGAACCAUAGUCGGUAAAUUUAUGAGAUAAUAUUCUCCGUCGGCCUGAACAAAAGCUUGACUUUUGCUGCUUCUUUUAACUUGUUAUCAGGCUCAUCAUGGGUUCUAUCAUGCGAAGUCAUGCCAGUAUAGUUGGUUUCUCUGCCUAAGUAGUUUUUCAUGUCAAUUUGCUUGGUGUAUGUUAUCUUUUUGUUGCACUCUAAGUCUUAUUGUACUCAUAUUUCGCUUAUUGUUUGAUUGGAUAAUCUCAUCUUAAAGUGAUUCAAGCUGGAUUAACAUUAACUAGUGAGAUUUUGUUUCUGUUUUACAAAUUUACAUUUGCUAGGUUCCAAAAAAAAAAGUUGGAUUUAUAGGCCAUGGUUAUAUGUAUUGGUAUGAUCUCUAAUGUUAGGGGAAUGAUCCAUCCGAGGCCUACGAUAAUUAUACUACAAGUUCUAAACUUUUCCUAUCUUCACUUCCCAUAAAAAAGCAUUUAAUUGUGUUGCAUUUCAUUCUCUCACUUACCAAGGCAUUUUUUUUUUGGUAAAC